CGGAAGUAGAGACAGAGUCAGGUGGGUGCAGGGAGAGGUCUGGGAGGCUGUGCAUGACAGUUGCUGUGAGUGCUCUCCUCUGCUCGCUGACCGCGUUCUGUGUGUCUGUGUACUGAAUAGCCAGCCUUGUUUUCCAAGAUACUGCAGCUGGACAGCCUUCACCAGCCUAAUGAGACACAGUAGUGACAGCUAGCCUUGCUGACAUCAGUGUGGCUGAGGGUCAUAGGAGCUCUGUCCACAAAUGGCUUGUGUGUUAAAAGUUAACCUCCCUGCUGUAUAACAAUGGUUGUUGCUGCUUAUUCUGGUAAACUGAUUUAAAAAUAUAUAUAUAUAUACAGAGUUUGAUAAUGCUUUGAUCUUGAAGAAGGUCAUUCUUGCAUGAAGUUCAGCAAUCAUUUCCCUAAUGGACCUCAUAAUAUCCACUAGCUUUAUGUUUAUAAUGGUGUGUGUGUGUUUUUUUUUUUUAUUUUUAAACACACACACACACUACCACCACCACUACCACCACCACCACCCCCCUCUUGUGUAAUCAACAUUAUUGUUGGCUAUGACCAGAGCUAAACGUACUGCUAUGAAAAUAUAAAAUGUUAGAUUUAUUCUGUACAGUGUUGUAUUUGUGUACCUUUAAUGCAAUGUAAUUUGGACUUUAGUUUGAUAUUUUCAAGUAGACCAGUAGAGAGAAAAAAAAUAAAUAGUGAUAUAUUGCAUGCACACACAUUUUGUAAAACUUUAUUAAUAGUAUACAUGAAAUGGUGGUCCUUUUUAAACUAGAGACACAAAAUACAGGUAGAGUGCUGCACAGAAGUGGUAAAUAUGUUGGUAUAAGUAGAAAGCCACAUAGGGCGCAAAUUAAAAGAAUCUAUUCUAGUUAAAAGUACAAAAACAAAAUACGUUUCGGCCCUGGGGCCUUUGUGUUUACGUGACUAGAUUUCUAGUUCUAGAGAAGCUACAAGUAAUUUUUUUUUUUUUUUUUAUACCGUUUGUGAGGGUAACCCUAAAUUUGACUAGCUUGGAAAAAUAACUGCAAAGUGUUCGGAGGUCACUUUACCAAAAUUACCUGCUUAGUAAAUAAAGGCCUAAUGAUAUAAAAAACAUUUUUAUGGUAUAUUAAUGUACAGAUUUUGUACAUUGCCAUUAUGCUUUAUAUGGGCCAACACAGUCCUAACAUAGUUUAAAAUAGUUUUAAAAUCUCCUCGAAAUAAUGUUAUGAAAAGUGGAUUUGACAUGGAUUAUAAAUUAGGCUACACUUCAUAAUACAAAAUGCACUUGUGUGAGGCCACUUGGGGCAGUAUUAGCGUAGGUUGCUUGAGGGUGUCAUAUACAGAGCUGUCAUUUGGUAUUAUAGCCUAGGUUAGAUUUUGUAACUGUGCUCACUGCAUUUGACACCAGAGGGGCAGGCAACACAUUGCUUCGUAAUGUAAUUCCCUGUGGCAUGAAAUACGAAAAUAAAUAUUUGGCCCAUUUUGCUUUAUUUAAAAAAGGGGUUUUCUUCAGGGCUCAGAAAUCGUUGAUUGUUUGAUGGGUCAGGCUUCGUGUAAGCUUUGCAUUUUAUUAAUAAUGAGUGAGAGAGUGCAAUUGACUAAAUCAUGCAAAAAAACAACAACUUUGCCUAAAAGGCUGAAUGCAUGAGUGCACAGUGUUUAUAAAAAUUGUGUUUCCUGACUUAAAUGGAGUCAGUUUUGCUAAAUACGAGUCCCUUUCAUUGUGCUCCUUAUUUCUUGUUAUACUUCUGUUACUGACUGUGGUGUGAAACUUCUUUUAUUUAUUUAUUUAUUUUUUUUUUUUAAAUCAUCUUGUUAAAUGGAACUAAUCCUGUAACCUCAUCUACCUUUCUGUCAUGACAAUCUACUUCUUAUGACACAAAAUAAUUUCAGUUUCAAGAUUGGAGCCCCUUCCAAGAGCCUUGGACAUUGACAGGGAUAUUUGCAAAACUGAAUUUUCACAAAUGAAAUGAGGGAGGGUGGGGAUGAGGAGUGCAAAAAUGUUGAGUUUGUGCAUUAUCCUGAGUGUCUUACCCUCUGCUCUCCCAUACUUUCUUUUUGUCAUAGUGUGGACAUGGUGUGUGUGCUUGCUGUAUGUAAAGUGUGGGUAUGAUGUAUUUUCAAUGUGUGUGUGUUGGCUGUGUGUAAUAAUAUCUAUUGUGUUUUCAUCCCCCCACCUCCUAGACUGUAAGCUCUUUUGAGCAGGUUCCUCAUCAACCUAUUGUUCCUGUAACUUUUUGUAAUUGUCUCAUUUGUUGUUAAAUUCCCUGUUUUAUAAUAUAGUAAAGCGCAGCGGAAUAAGUUGGCGCUGUAUAAAUGCCAAAAACAAUAAUAAUGUACAGCGCUUCAUUCUGAAAUGCUGCGUGUGCAGAUUCCAAAGACCAUUACCACUGCAAAAUACUUUAAGUGGUCAUGCUCCUUGCAUUAAACUUUUAAAUCUAAAAUGAACAAAAUCAGGCAAUAUAUCCUCUUACACAAAAGCAACAUUCACAUUGUUUUGCAAUGUGCUGGCCAUAUUACUGGCACUCAGAGGGUUAAACACUCUUGUUGCCGUAACAACUUAAAUUAAUUUAAAGCGUCACUGUCUGAGGACUUUGUUGAAUUCUCAUAUCACAGUGAUAUCGCUGCUGGGAGGGGGGCGAUAAAGGUCAGAUUUCUUACCCGAACCUGUCCGUUUCCCUGCGCUGUUCCUCUUCAACUGCCAGGAUCCGACAUCACUGCCGCACUCUGGCGCAUGCAUGAGAGUACAGCAUUGAGGUCUAUGGGGGAUCCCGCAGUCUCGAUAGUGAUGGCUGUUGGGGUUGACUCUUGGAUUCUGCCUUUAGUCUAAGGAAGUCAGGUGGAGGAGUAGUCCCUUUUUUAUUUAUGUAUAUCUCUUAACUGGUCUGGAAUUUAAGUAAAAUUCCAACACCGUCAAAAUUAUUUCAUAAAGAUUCUCUUUAUGAAAAACAGAUUUUUUUGGGGAGUGAAGACAGUGCCACUUUAACUUGUUUUUGGGAAAGGGGUUAAGCAUCAGCUGAAGUAGGUUGUGGGAUAGUCUUCUGAAGUUUUAUUUCUUUAAUGAUGUGUACAAAACUGGGUCUGUGGAAGAUACUGCAGUCAUAGGCAUGUAUUGUCACUGCUUAAAGGGAAACUAUAGUCACAAGAGCAACUACAGCUGGUGAGUAAGAUAAUUCCCUUCAGGCUUUUUGUAGUAAACACUGUCAAACACAUACACUUAAAUGAGCACUAUAGGCACCCAGACCACUUUAGCUCAAUGAAGUGGUCUGGGUGCCAAGUCCAUCUAGGGUUAACACUGCAGCUGCAAACUGCUAUGUUUACAUUAGGGUUAAUCCAGCCUCUAGUGGCUGUCUCAUUGACAGCCGCUAGAGGCGCUUCCACGCUUCUCACUGUGAUUUUCACAGUGAGAAGACGCUGCCGUCCAUAGGAAAGCAUUGAAAAAUGCUUUCCUAUGGAUUGAUCGCAUGUGCAUUCGGCGGAUGACUUUGGAACAGGGAGGAGAGUCGCUGGAAAAAGGUAAGUGUUUAUUCCCUCUUGAGCCUGGCGGAAGUGGGACCCUGAGGAUGGGGGGUCACAAAGACCCUAUAGUGCCAGAAAAACAAGUUUGUUUUCCUGGCACUAUAGUGGUCCUUUAAUGCAUAUGUUGCCAAAAGUUGGGUCUUGCAUGAGUAGUCCCUACUUUGUUUCAUUUGUAUAUUAUUGUAUUGGAAAUUCAAGGAAAUUCCAACAAAGUCAGCAAAAGAUUUCUAUAAAUAAUCUUUAUAAAAACCUUAAAAAUUACAUUGCCACUUUAAGAUUAAGAAUCUUGUGAUAUAUAUAUAUAUAUAUAUAUAUAUAUAUAUAUAUUAGGGAUACGCCGAAAAUGGGCCCAUCCCCUUUUGGCCGAAAACGGGUCAGAUUUGCCGGUUUUUGUUGUCUUUUUUUUUUUUUUGUAGUGCAUAGUUUAACAGACAUGCUUGCAUUAACAAUUCAAAUGAUUAUAUAUCACAAUGUAAGAUAGUAAUGAUAACAUGAAAAGUCAAGAAUACUGCACUUGGGACGGGGUGGGGGAGAAUACUAUGGGGACAGUGGAGGGGGGGGAGAAAAGAACCCUAUGGGACAGGGGGUGGGGGGAGAGAACACUAAAAAAAGAGGGAGCGGAGAGGAACAUUAAGGAGGGGAGCAAUUAAAAGAGAAGAGAGAAGGGAAGUUUUUCAUAUUGGAUUAAAUUCAUUAAAAAGUAUAAUAAAAUUAUAGGAAAAACAUUUUUUUUUUUUUUAAGUCAUUUUCGGACAAGGGCAUCCUGAAUUUUUGGUUUCGACCUAGAAUUUUCAUUUCGGUGCAUCCCUAAUAUAAAUAUAUAUACUUAAAUGAAGUGCUCAAAAAUAUAGGUAGUUAUUUACGCCAAAAGGCUAUAAAACACAUCAAGAUGGUGUUGGUGACUGGAGUGUCUCUAACAUAGUGUUAUAGAUUAGUUAUAACAAUGCUUGAGAAGAGUUCAGCGUAUCCUGCAUAAUGAGAAGCAUAUAUAUUCCGACUUAUUAUUAUUCUUUGUAAUUAAGAUUUGCAAGCCUCCACUCUUAAUAGUGUGUUUAGGAGUGUGUUCUUUGUCUUUAUAGUGGGAACGAAAAUCCUACAAAUGGCUAUGCUGGGGUCACUGCCACAUUUUAGGAAUCUGCUCAAUGUUGCUCUUUGGCUUUUCUUUUUAUUGGUGUGCUGACCUUGAGAGAAGGAACCUCUCUUUUGUUCUCAAGUUUUGUGCAUGAAACCGGGGUCAUCCUUUGUUGAAACAUGAUGUUCAUGUGAUGUGCACCGAAUGUCAGUAGGUAGCUAAGAGGAAGGCAUUUUUAUGAAUAGUCCCUGGGCCAUUUCAAUUUUCAUUUUUUCCCAUUUCUAUUGAGUUUAUUCUUUGUCUGUUGAUCACAAUGAAGCCCACCUGCUGUAACUAUUCUUUUGUUUAGCGAUAUGGUAUAUUCAGCCAAGGAGGAAAAUGUACUCCCUCCAGGUUUAUGCACAUCCCUUACCAUUGUGGAAGCCCUCUUGUGAGUUCUGAAACGGUUAAGUGUGUUGUACAUUUGACUGUUUAUUUCAAAAGGCAGAUCAGAUUGUAUCUCUUGUAUUGCAUAGUGGGUGGCAUCUCACUGUGUAUUUAAUAAAUCUGUUUGUUGUAAUUGACCCUGCACAGUGCAUGGCCCACUUAUCUCAGAGCAACAAUGGGCUGUAUGUGCCUCGAUCUGCCAUAGAUUAGUAGGAGUUGUACUUCGGAAGGAUGCCGCAAUACUGACCCUCUCCCAUGGUCACACCUUACAAUUUACAUGUAUUUGUGUGUUUAUUGAAAUAACAAACAUAUUGUGUGGGUCUGUGUAUUGUAUGCACUGUCAGGAGAAAAAGAAAGUGCACCCUCUUUGUGUUUUAUGGUUUUACAUAUCAGGGCAUAACAAUCAUCUGUUCCUUAGUAGGUCUUAAAAUUAGGUAACUACAACUUCAAAUGAACAACACAUGACAUACGAUACCAGGUCCUGAUUUAUUUAACAAAAAUAAAGCCAAAAUGGAGAAGCCAUGUGUGGAAAAACUAUAUUAUUGCUUCCAUAGGAAUUAAGAAGCUAAGUAGCAGACAGGUGCUGCUAAUCAAAUGCCCUUGAUUAAUUGAUCAGCAAGUGUGACCACCUCUAUAAAAGCUAAUGUUUUAGCAGUUUGCUAGUUUGGGGUAUUCAGCUGUGUUAACAAAAUGCCAAGGAGGAAAGACUUAAGAAAUAAUCAUAUAGAAGCAAUUGUUGCUACCCAUCAAACUGGGAAGGGCUAUAAGGCCAUUUCCAAACAAUUUAAAGUUCAUCAUUCUACAGUGAGAAAGAUUAUUCAAAGUGGAAAACAUUCAAGAUAGUUGUCAAUCUUCCUAAGAGUGGCAACCCAGCAAAUUCUCCCCAAGGUCAGACGGUGCAAUUCUCCGAUAUAUUGCAAAAUACCCAAGAGUUACAUGUCAGAAUCUACAGGCCUCAGUUAGCAUGUUAAAUGUCAAAGUUCAUGACAGUACAAUUGGAAAAAGACUGAACAAGAAUGGUUUGUUUGAAAGGGUUGCCAGGAGAAAGCCUCUUCUAUCCAAAAAGAGCAUGGCAGCACAGCUUAGGUUUGCAAAGUUGCAUCUGAACAAACCACUAGACUUCUGGAAUAAUAUCCUUUGGACAGACAAGACCAAAGUUUAGAUGUUUGGCCAUAAAGCACAGUGCCAUGUUUGUCGAAAACCAAAUAAAGUAUAUUGGCACAAAUGCCUUUAUCACGCUGGUGGAGGGGUGAUGAUGUGUGCUUGUUUUGCAACGACGGGACCUGGGUACCCUGCAGUCAUUGAGUAGACUAUGAACUCCAAUGUAUACCAAAGUAUUCUAGAGUCAAAUAUGAGGCCAUCUGUCUGACCGCUAAAACUUGGCCGAAAUUGGGUCAUGCAACAGGACAAUGAUGCCAAACACACCACAAAAUCUACAUCAGAAUGAAAUAGAAAGGAAUCACCGUGUUGCAAUGGCCCAGUCAAAGUCCAGACCUCAAUCCAAUUGAAAUGCUGUGCCGGGACUCUUAAGAGAGCUGCGUUUAAACAAAUGCCAGCAAACCUCAAUGAACUGAAGCAACAACGAUGUUAAAGACUUUUAAAAUCAUACGGGGAAGAAAUUACUUCCAGUUAUUGCUACUAAAGGUGGAUCUACAAGCUACCGAAUCGUAAGGUGUACUUCGUUUUUCCAUACAUGACUUCCCCAUUUUGGCUUUAUUUUUGUUAAAUCUUAACACAGUAUAAUAUGUCAUUUGUUGUUCAUCUGCUGUUGUAUAUACCUAAUUUCAAGACCUGCUAACGAACAGAUGAUUUAUGUUCUGAUAUGAAAAACCAUAGAACUCAAAGAGGGUGAGCUUUCUUUUUCCCAUGAUGUUAUAUCUCUGUGACAGUUUAAAGUACUUUUUGAGAAAUGUUAGGCUUUUUUUCUUUGUUUUUUCUUUCCACUUCUCAUUUCCACCUACAACAAAAGAAACACGAAAGCUUUGCAAGUACAUUCACAGCCAAACUAGUCUUCUUUAUGUUGUUGUUAGAUAUUCUAUAUUGCCUCUGUUCAGUGCAAUAAGCUAAAUAUAUACACAUGCACACACUCACAAUGUGUGAAUUAAACCUAUUUCUCAUGUUCUAAACAUGUAAGUAUUCUAGAAAAAGAAUUUGUGUAAAGUAUAUUAUUUUGCAAUUUUUAGUGUAGAUAUUUUUGUAUUCCAGUGUUAAUGGUGCAUGGUGUCUCUGAAACUUGUUCUAGUUUUUCAGUAUGUGUUGGCAUACCCUGCCUCACCAAGGCACCCAAAUCAAAAAUCCACUGCGGCUGCACAGAUAAGGCUUUAUCUGUGGUAGUGAAUCUUCUGCACUAGGGAGAGGUUAUUCCAGCACCCUCUUAGCCUAUACCUAACAAGUAGGUUAGAUGACAGUCUCUGGCCAUUUUAUUCUUUUUUCUUUUGUUUGCUAAUCCACUCAUAAACGUUUAGACAUAGAAUCAGAGAAUAGUAUCCAGAGACUAUGUGCAACAUAACACCACUCUGAGCUGUAGUGGUUGUUUAGCUUAGAAUGCUCCUUUAAGGGACAGUGUUAGAAAUAACCUCACUUUUUCUAGUGUAUUAAAAAUAAAAUAUUUGGCUUUAAAGUUUCCAGUGUCCUUGAAUAGGCAGGCAACUACUGAGAGACUGCAAAAAUCAGUAGUUUCUCAUUGUGGUUUAUGGGAUCUGAUCUUCUCCCGUAAACCCUUUCCUAGCCAUGGCAGUAGUUCUCCUAAUCCGUUUUUUGCACAAUGGUUAGAGUACCCGGUUUGUACAUGGCCGCCUUCACCUACUGCUCUAGUACGCCAUACAUGGUUUUUAUAAGAAUUAAAUAUUUGUCUUAUUGUACAGCUCUGUGGAAUAUGUUGGUGCUAUAUAAAUAAUUGUAAUUGUACAUCUUUAUCUAUUAUUGUAGUAUUGUUAUUUUAAAGCAGCACCAAGGUUUUUAUGAACAUAUAAUCUUUAAUGGAAAAACAAAACACAUGUAUAGACCAUAUUGGAAUUUCACUGGAAUGCCAACAUGGUAAAUUAUAUAUCAAUAAUAAAAAUCAAUAAUUGCUGUAUUGGAAACUGUAAAACGUGGAUGUAAAAAACAAAAAGUUGCCAUCUGCUGUUUUCCAUAAGCUGUCAUGUGCUAUUGUUACCUAAUGUGACAUUACAUUUUGCAUACACAAGAAGAAUGAUUGCUAUGCUAUGUGAUUAGGGGUCAAAAUUAUGUUUAAUAUUGUUAAACCCUCACUUGAAUCUUAUAGCACAGUGGUAUACACUCUGUUUGAUAGCUAGUCCUUUAACCUAAAGUUGAAUACUGGAGGUGUUAUAUACCAUAAUUCCCAUCAAAAUAUAAAUAUACCUAAAGGGACACUCAGACCACCAAAAAAACUUUAGCUUAAAUAAAUUGCUCAAUUCUAUGCCUUUCAGUUACAUGACUUUGUUUAUGCAGCCCUAGCCAUACCUCCCCUGAAUGUGACUCCCACAGCUUACCUUCACAUUUUCUGUAAAGGGAGAGUGAAUUUUUAAACUUCAUCUAUUGCUGAACAAGUUUAUCUUCUGCUCUGUUAAUAGCCUGCUAGAGCAUGCAGGAGCCUCAUGUGUGAUUAAAGUUCAAUUAAUAGAGUAUGAGGUAAGAACUUUUUAAGUUAAACGCACUGUACUGUAAGAUCUGAUUGAGAAUGAAACCAUUCAUGUUGGCUGUGUGAGUCACAAACAGGACAGUUGUGGCUUUGGGAUGUAGAAACAAAAGUGACUUAAUUCCUAAAUGGCAAAGAAUUGAGCAGUGAGAGACUGCAUGGGCAUGAUCUAUACACCAAAAUUCCUUCAUUAAGCUAACGUUGUUCUGGUACUUAGUGUCCAUUACACUGCAAGGCACAUCCCCUGCAAACUCUGCAAUGACAUCUGAAGAAACCAGGAAAUCAUUGUAAUUUUAUUAUUGCAAAAUACUCAGGAUUAUUAUUUUAUGUAUUUGUUGAAUGGUACUUUGUUAGACGGUCUUCUAAUUUUGGUUCUUAAAAUGUCUGCGUUAAAUCCAGAAUUUUCAUGUCAAUGAGUAAUGUUCACAUUAAAUAGCUUUUUUUUUUUUUUUUUGUUUAUCAGGAGAAAAUGGCAGUAACUGAAAACAAUAUGGAAGACAUAAAUCCUGUGUUACGAAUAAGUCAAAUGGAUGCUAUUGAAUUAAACAAGGCGUUAGAGCAAUUAAUCUGGUCCCAAUUUAACAGUUGUUUUCAAGGAUUUAAACCAGGAAUUUUGACUCGCUUUGAACCAGAGAUUAAAGCAUUUUUAUGGCUUUUCUUGUGGAGAUAUACGGUCUACUCUAACAAUGCAACUGUUGGCCAGGCAAUUUUGAAUAUCCAGUACAAAAAUGAUUUAUCUCAAACAAAAACGUACAGGCCAAUGAAUAAGCAGCAAAAGGUUUGGUUCGCGCUCUUCACAGUUGGAGGCAAAUGGCUAGCAGAGAGGUCUUACGACUUAUUCAGUAACCACCCACUUGGGUCAUCCUUUCAGAAAACAAGAUCCUUAAUCAAUGCCUGUGCCGGUCUCCUGAAGGUUAGCGAACUCUUGAAUUUUUUAAUCUUCCUACAGCAAGGAAAGUUUGCAACAUUGACAGAACGCCUUCUCAGAAUACGUUCCACCUUCAUCAAGCCUCAGAACGUGCGCCAUGUGGGGUUCGAAUACAUGAACAGAGAAAUCUUGUGGCAUGGAUUUGCAGAGUUUCUUAUCUUUCUUCUGCCACUCAUUAACACACACAAACUUAAGCUAAAGUUAUUUUCAUGGUGCAAACCUAUCCAGGGGCUCAGACACAAUGAUCCUUCUCUAGCUGUUCAUUGUAAGGAAUGUUGUUUAUGUGGAGAAUGGCCAACUAUGCCGCAUACCAUUGGCUGUUCUCAUGUCUUUUGUUACUACUGUAUCAAGAGCAAUUCUAUGUCCGAUGCAUACUUUACAUGCCCAAAAUGCAGCUCUCACGUUCAUAGCCUGCAACCGCUAGAGUUCAAAGUCGAAAUUUCUGAAGUUCAUACUCUGUAAAGGUCCCUAAUGUUGAAGUUGAAGAACAUAUUUGUUUAAAGGGAAACUAUGGAGCGAAAUUAUCCCCUGCUUAUAAUGCAUUAUAAAGGUAAUGCAGUAAAAAAAAAAAAAACAGUGCCAACAUAGUUAUCAGACCCAUGGUUUUAUCAGUGUGCUUGCAGACUGCACAAUACAAUUCUAGACUAGAAGGAAACUUAGAAGAUAAUAGGGAACUUGAAAGACAUACAGCUAAUAGGAGCCAGAAGUGGGGGUUACAACCUAGCAAUAAAUGGCAAAUAUCUUAUCAGUGUUUGAAGAUGCAACACUGUACAUUUUCCUUGCACUAUAACCACUUAAACAAUCUGAAGUAUCUUGUAGUGCUUAACGUAACCUGUGAAUAAUUAACAUAUAUGUUGAAAAUUUUCAAUAUUAUAUCUAAUAAUAAGCACCCGGAGUGCUGGGAAGAUGUGUAUGUAUAAGCAGUUUCUGGUCUAGUCAGCCUUUAUAUGACAAACUUGGAGGAUGUGACUUGUAACGUUGCAUAUGGCAUCCUCUAUUGAUAGCAGCCCAAUGUAAGACUGCAGCUUUUAUCUUAAGCAGUUUAAUAUGUCUGACUAGUACUAGUAUAAAUAGCAUUUGCAGUCUUUUAUUCAGAGCUUACAUUACACUGUUUGCCUUUUUUACAAAGAGUUGAAAGAAUCUGCAGUGUGUUUUUAGUUUAUUUUUCAAAACAUUUUUUUUUUUUGUAAUUUGAUUUAUUCUACCAAGUAAUCCAACACAAUAUGUAAACUAUUUUAUUGAAAUAUUUCAAUCUCGCUUUAGAUCUUUAGCUACACCUAGUAUGUGUAAGCACAAGUGGUAUACGACAGUGGGAAUUAAGCCUGGCUAUGGUCUGUUUCUUUGUAUUUGAGACGGACAUAUUGAAUAUGUUCAUUUUCCAUAUGUACCCCAGAGGACCGGGCUGGCACUGCAAUAGGUCUUUGCAAGUGUAUCGGAUCUAGGUGCCUCCAAAAGAAGAACUAUCAUCUCUUUCUGCUGCUCUGUCAGUUAUGAGCCUUCUUUCCUCUCUGGAAAUCCUGGCCUGUAUCAGUGUGGUGAUCGCCUAAUAGAUUGCAUUUCAACUGGAAGAAUUAAACUAGACUGUGGCUGGAUAAGUAUGUUUUAUGCAUGUAAUUGGAUAGUUGCGUGUGUGCAAAUUAUUUGUGAGAGUGGCUAACGGGCUACUACAAGCACCAAGUCCUCUUCAGUGUAUUGAAGUAUUCAUGGUGCCUGGGGCAAUUCAGUAAGAAAUGCUGUAUAUACUUAAUGUUUUUUAUUGCUUUCAGAAGUGUAACUUUACCUCCGUCAGCAUCAUCAGUCAUCCCGGAAUGAGAGUUCAGGGUAAGCUUAUGUCAAUUCUGAGCUUAUUCCUAGAACAGAAGGUCAUUCGUAGACUGAGAGCACUCCACUGACACUCUCAGCCAAUGAAUGACUGGUGGGGUGAGCAUUUGUGCAGAAACUGGAUACACGUCACCAGCAUUUAAAGAUGCUUGACCCCUUGGAGUUCUGGAGGCAGAGGAUGAAGUAAGUUGGGAAGUGGCAUUUUUAGUGUGAACUUGAGAGUUUUCAAGAGGUGAAAAGUAUAAAAUGUUGCACAUAGAGAUAUUUCCUAUUGCUGCCAGACUUGAUUCCACUUUCCGCAGAAUUAACAACAAGGUUUCCAGGCAGGCAAAUGUAAAUUCUGAGCAUAUUCAAUGCAUGGAGGAUCGUUCAUUGACUGAGAGCGUUGCAUGAUCUGCAUCUGGCGUCUGCAGCUCUGCAGACAACAGAUAUCUUCCAACAGCAGAGGAGGGUCCUUUCCCUGCGAGAGCCAUGUAAGAAAACAAGCUGUUGCAAAACUAUUUGCUCCAUAACCAGUGAAUAGUGUUGGGGUACUCUUUGCAUCAUAACCUGCAGGCUACGAUUGAAUCUUUAUGAAUUACUUUGACUGUUUUGGAAAACUGAAAUUCUCUGUAUAUUUCCUACGCCUGACACUUAGACAACAGGCAAAGGUACUGCCUCCUAGAAAUGUAAAUUCCACCAGCUGUCACCAGUUACAGCUGCAGGACAUUGACUUUAUUUAGGGAGGGUCUCGCUGGGUCCUCUACAGUCCUCAGAGCUGUACUUGCGUGCUACAGCCGUGAUGUUGGCUUGCUAAAGAGUACCAGCUGGAGGAUGAGGACAGCAGUUCAGCUAAGUAAAGCUCACCUUUACCUGCUCUACCCCCGCCACUGGACCACUAGCCCUGAUGUCACCGUCGGAGGUCUUUGCAAAUUCUGCAACGUACCAGAUGGUGUAAGUAUCGCUUUAAAUGUGUGCCCAAAUAUUUGUUGGGAAGUAAGAAGCUCAAAGUGACACCACUUCUUGUAGCAGUCCUGAUGUCAAAAAUUGUCUUUGCAUCAACAUUUAACAAUUUAAGCAUCUUUUUUAAGCUGAAUAAAACAAUUUUAGUUUGCCUUAGGCUUGGUGAGCGGUCAUAUUUUUGAUAAACCGUUAUCCUUUCUUGCACAGUGGAACCAUUUUAGGGAAAAAAGUAGGUAAAGUACAAAAUCAUUACAUGCUAGUUACACACUUUUUGUUUUUUUUACUUUUCUCCUUUGGUAACUGGUUUUGAGGAUUUAAAAAAUUCCAACAAGACCUUUCACUACAGUGAGCAGCAUCCAUAUAUAUCAGUUCGUAAUUACAACGAAGCUUACUUUUGUUUGGUUAGAUGAAAACACGUGUUCUUUAGGGAUUUUUUUUUUUUUUUUUUAAUAGACUUCUUUAAUUAAAACUUUGACUGUCGGGGCGUAAUAAAUUAUUUAAUAAUAUUAAAAGUUAUUAAAGCGCAUUCUAAGCAAUGUAACUGCAUGUUGUUCAGAGAGUUCCAGGGCUGUCCCCAGUUUCACCUCAAACCACUUUGUAGCAAUUUGAUGUAAACUGGAGCAUAUCACGUAACUGGCGAAAGUCCCCCUCCUCAUCCACAUUUAUAAUGUGGAAUUAACACUUUUGUGUAAUUAAUAUCAACAUCCUCCAACCAGGGCGACCUAGAUGUGCUGGGGAAAGGUUAGUCCAGUGUUCUCAGCUAAUCAAGGAAAGUGUUAAUUCAUUUUCAAUGAGGCCAAAGAGGGGGGUCGUCUCUAGGUGCAUCAAAGAGGCCGGAUAUAUGUUAAAUCUCUGACAUUUAACAGGACGGUCCUAGAAUAAUAGACAAGAUUAACAACAAGUUGUAGUUAUGUUGCUUAGUGUCACUUUAAGUAAAAUGUACCACUGCUAGCAUUUUAGAUUGAUGUGUAGAAAUCUGAAUUUGUUAUUUAUACAAUUGUUCUGAUAAAGUACAUCUGACUCUGUAGUAGGAAUUAUAUUCUUGAUUUGUUAAUGUCGUUUUUUUUUUUGUAAAAUGACUAAAAAUAAAUAAAUCAAAGCUAACGGCAAACAA